AUGUGGCUUCCGCCCAAGCAUCAAAUACCCGCCGCCAUCGACCCCAACCUACAAGAAGGAGCAUACAACCACCCCGUGGUUAUCAUGUCCUUGGUUCCCUCCCUCGAAGGCUUCGUUGAGGUUUUCAUGAUCACUUCCAUGGGCUCCCGCGGCAUCGCCCAGGCCCACAGGCCAGACUGGGCCCACUGGCUCAAAUACGUGCCCAUCAAACCCGCCACACACCCGGGCAUGCCCGACGCCCAGCUCUGCCUCCCCGACCAUUGUCUUCCGCUGGCGAAGAAUUCGUACGUGAAUAUUCGGCAGUGGCACUCUGUGCACCUGGAGGCGCUGCGGCCGUAUCGACUGAGCGGCGGAGAUCCUCCGGUUCUUGGGAAAGCUUCGUUGAGGCGUUUGAGAGAGGUUUCUGGGUUUGUUGAUCUCCAUGAUCCGAACAACUCGAAGAGAUUGAAGAAGGUUUCUUCAUUCGAUGGCCUCUGUGAUCAGGCGAAGAGGUUGAAGGGAUUGAAGGGGUCUCAGAGUCGGAAUGAUUCUGGCCUUCUGCCCGAGAUGGAUGACUUGGAAGUCGACCUCCGGGAGACUGUGCAGUCUGAUGGAUACAUCAGCUUAGCUGGCCUGAUGUUGCUUGUACUUCUUGCGGCGGUCUUUCUUCACCUGUAUAUCAAAUUAAAGGCAUGA